CGCGAUUCUGCCGAGUGCGCGUGCGGUUCGCAAUUCGAUGCCGAGUGCCCCUAUCCUCUUUCACAUCACCCUUCGUGUGACUCCCGAAUCGCAACGCCCCAGACACGCUCAGCUCAGCUAUCUUUCUCUCACAUGCUCGGCCUCAUCGCUUUCCUAUGACCGCCAGCAGCAAAUCUUGAAGCUGUUGCUCUAGCUCUUCUGAACUCCGAUCUGAGGAUCAGGAUCAAGUUUGGGACGAAUCAUGUCUCAGGUGCGACAGACAAUGUCCCGCGAACCGCUUCUACCUCAAAGUCAACCAGCAGCAGCGGUAGGUGCCGGCGGGGCUGGCGCGGGAGUGACCUCUUCAGACAUGUCCCGUCGUCAAUCUUCCUCCUCCUCAUCCCGUCGCUCCUUCAGGGAUGCUCGUAGAAGCGAGAUCCGCAACUCUCUCAACAGGAGCGGCUUUUCCAACGUCAAUGGGGCACUCGCAGAUACCGAACCUAUGCUUCCUGCUGCUCCUGUCCCUGCUCACCUCGACACCGACACGCACGACCCUCGAUGGGCAGAGCGAAAUGGCAAAGCGAACAAGAUUCAGCAGUUCCGCUAUGUCUGGCGUGAGGAGCUGGGCGAAUUUCUGGGUGCCGCAAUGAUUAUCCUCUUUGGCUGCGGUGUCGAGUGCCAAGUGCAGCUGCACAUGGGUCUAGGAAGCGGACCGGACGCUGCCAAGAGUCUGAUUUCGCGCUUCGCUUGGGCUACGGGUGUAGCAGUCGGUAUCUGGACUUCUGGAGGAGUGAGCGGAGCUCAUCUGAACCCCACCGUGACAAUCGCUUUGGCAGUGUUCCGAGGAUUCCCAGCACGAAGAGUGCCUUGGUUCAUCGCUUCGCAGAUCCUAGGUUGCGCAGCAGCCGCGCUGCUCAUCUACGCCAAUUACUACUACAGCAUCUCUCUGUACGAAGGUGGUCAACACAUUCGAUCCGUCACUGGUCCUCAUUCUACCGCUGGUCUCUUCUUCACCUUUCCUUACGACAUUCUUCCAUGGACCAGCGCAGCUUACUCGGAAUUCCUGGCUAGCGCGGUGCUGGUAGCUGUCGUCUUUGCUCUCAGCGAUCAGGCCAAUUUGCCUCCUCCUACCGGUCUCAUGCCUCUAGCCAUGUGGAUCGUGCUGGUGGGUAUAGGCGCAGCUUUGGGAAUCAACACUGGCUACGCCAUGAACUUGGCCAGAGACUCUGGUCCCAGAUUAGCCUGCUGGCUCGUCGGUUACGGCAACGAAGUAUGGACCAACAAUCACUUUUACUUUGCUUGGGGUCCCGGUCUCAGCGCUAUCCUCGGAGGUCUUGCGGGUGGUGCCAUUUAUGAUCUGCUCAUCUACACCGGACAAGACUCUCCCCUCAAUCGUCCAGUGGGCGGACACGACAAUCCACUCUACGAGCAAGUGGUCAUCGACGAAGAGUAGAUCCUCACGGGCCCCAUGCUACUCACGAUCACGCCGUUGUGGGCAAACGCGCACAUUCUCGUGCUUCAUACUGACUCAAGCACUUGGAACUCUUAUCGCAUCCGAGCCGCUUACAACGUGUCGCAGCCUGCAGUACAUCCGAUCUUCUUCGCACGACAAACGAUCUGCAUAGAGCAAUAAUAGAUGAAUGACCUAUGACG